AGCCGUAUCAGAUAUCCAAUAGAAUGCACGACUUGGAAGAAUAAAUUCCACAUAUAGAAGUGCGCAAGGAACACUUGAUAGAGUAGGUCACAUGAUGCGGGCGAUUAUGAAUGUUUCCCGAUGGAAUCCGAUUUUCAUCAUUACCUGUAGACACAACAUUCUCGGAGACAAUGCUGACUAAAUAACAUGUUUUCCUCCUACAAGACAAGAUAGAUAUGAGUGUUUUUGUUCAGAAGGAGGAUUUUAAAAUUAAUCCUAUUGUCACGUGAGACGUAUGGAUAAAAAAAAACAAUUGUGCUGGAGAUACCUUGUUUUAAAAAUUUAAUCGGAGUGAGUGAUGUUUAUGUGAUUGAUUAAAGAUGGAGAUAAAAUUACAAAGCUAUUUUGUUAAAACAUAAUGAUUACUCAAAACAGACUUCAAUUAUACGGUUACAAUAAAAGACACAUUAUUUAUCAGUAAGUUAUAUUUAAAAGUGUCUGAAUCUAAUUAAGUCAAGAAAUUGAUAACUAGUGUUUUAAAAUUUACAUUUAAUGGCACGUUGAGAAGGAUUUGGUUUGAAGCAAUUUGAAUAGUGAUUUUUUGAUAAUGGUACGUUUGGGACAUGUGCUUGUAUAGGCAAAGAUACCGUGCAUGAUUUCACAACAUUCAUCAUUGUCUCAUUUGCAUAAGUAAAUAAUUCUAUCACACAGAGACCUGUUAUAUUUGUGUGAAAAUACAUUUUCAAUUUGUGCAUAAUGCAUUUAUUUGAUUUUUUCAUUAUGUAAAACAUUUUAUGCAUGCAACAUGGUUAACGUAUUCAAUCAAUAUUUAAUUGACACACUCUGUGUUUAGUCAUAAAAUGUAUCACGUGUAAAAGGAUAAACAUGCUAUUUGUUUGGGAUAAUGUUUCCAAUUUCGAGUAAGUUAAAUAUCCAUGCAUAUAAGUUCUGCCUUUAAUGUCAAAAUCAAGAUUUGGAAGACAAUAACCAGACAUCUUUACGUGAUCAUCUGCUUUAGAAUUUCUGGAGAGAGAAUUCAAUUAAUUAAUUGGAUUAAGGAAUUCUUGUUGGAAAUGGACAGUAUGCAAACAUUGCUGAAAAGUAGUCUACAAGAUACAGUAACCCAGGACGUAUUUAUGUAAGAAGAAAAUGAAUAAUUGAUAAGUAAAGUUUGUUUGUACUAGUUCAAUAAAUAAAUGAGCCUACAUUAAUUCUAUUGUAGAACGACAUUGAAUGAAAUAGUUUCUUUGUGUUAUAUGUGGUAUUAAACAUUCAGGUAUUGUUUGGUCAAAAGGAAAAGGUUAGUUUAGUGGAUAUACGAACAAGUUUUCUAUUACAAUAGUGGAUAUAAGAAAGAAAAGUGGAGUAGAUACAAAGUCGAUUGCAAAGAAGUGGUCGUAUUAUUACUGUUUCAUUUGGAAAUAACUGAGAUAUGGAAGUAUAAUGGAACAAGUGUUGACUUAUUUUAAAAUAGGAUUACAUAGUAAAUAUCACCCGCUAUUAUAAAUUAAAGUAAUACCUAACGUGUGCAAAGAGCUAUAUUACAUGUAAAGGUAUUAAUGAAAAAGUGCUACCUCUUUUGUCUUUUUACUAAAUUAAGAACGUCGAGUUGACGGGAAACCGUACACUUAAAAUUCACAAGAACUUAUGAGGAUAUUGUUCAUAACGGAAACGAGACAUUUAGUUAUAACAUGAUGAUUAAAUGGUUACGAAACAUGCCUUGUACCAUGAAACACACAAGUUUCUGGCUCGGCAUAUGCUUAUUCUAUGCAAUUAUUAAAAGCGCUUUAACAAUCGAUUGCUACGAUUGUAAGUCUCAAAAUGGCGAUCAUAAAGAAUGUGACGAUACAUUUGAGAGGGAUAUUACUACUUACAGCCUUAUUUCAAGAAACUGUUACUAUGGUUUCUGGAAAGCACAGUUUUGUAUAAAACUAAAAGGAACUCGAGCUGAUGGUUCAACAAUUGUCGUGCGACAAUGUACAGUAAAGAACUGGGGCAGUCACUGUGGACUCAUCCAGUUUCAGACAUCGAAAGGACUAGAGGACAUAGAUGGUUGCUUAGAAUCAUGUGACUAUGAUGGGUGUAACAUGGCAACGACUUAUAAACAGAACUAUUUUGUUUUAUGUAUAUCUGUGAUUUUUGCAUGGACGGUUUGGCUUUGGAAUCGUAGAUAAUUCUAAAUGUAAAAAGAAAUCUAUGACACAUUAUGUUUGCUCACUCUUUUAUCUUUUUUGUAUUUAACUGCAAAUUGUACUAUUUAUUUAAUGGUUUUAGUUACAAAUUCAUGUCAUUAUUUAUAUUAUCUAAAACACCUUAUGUAAAAAUGAUUGAGAACGAUUGGUUUGAACGCUAACAGGGCGUUUAAUAUAGUUCAUAUUUGUAGUUCCAAACUUUGGCUUUUAAUCCCAAUCAAGGAAUAACUUCACGCAUUCAUAACAAUGAAUUAUGCCAAAUUUAUUUUAAGAACGUGCCGACACUUGAUGUAGUGAAAUUGCAAACGCUUUUUGUUAUUUUUUAUACUUUAUAUGAACAACUAACUUGAAGAUCAGCCAUUAUUAUUUCAGUUAUAUUUGUUAUUUUCGAAAUGUUAAAGACAAUUAAUUUAUGUGUAAUACCAUUUUAAAUGACGAGUAUUAAACGUAACCAUUCGUUUUCAUUUGUAUGUUUACCAAAUAAAACUAAGUAUAAAAAAAAUUUUGACCAAAAAACAAAUCCUUAUAGUUA